AUAUAUUUAUAAUUUUGAUAACUUGUUCACAGAUCAAAAUCUUCAAUCUGAAACUGGUGUUCAACGAAAAUUGAAAAUGUCGGAUCAUCCAAAUGAUUUACUGAUUCGUCUAAGCUACAUUCUAAUUAUUGUGUUUAACGCAUGUCUUAUCAAUGCAUCACCGACAGUACACAUAAAAAAUGGUACACUGAUGGGUUUGACAAUGCGUACUAGGCUUGGAAAAGAAUUAGCUGGGUAUCGGGGAAUUCCUUACGCUUUGCCGCCGCUUGGACCACUCAGAUUCAAGGCGCCGGAGCCCGCGGCCGCCUGGAGCGGCGUGCGAAAAGCAGUCGAAGACGCCGAGAUAUGCGUGCAACGAAAUAUCUACACGUACCAGGAGAAAAUUGUCGGUAGCGAGGAUUGCCUCUACCUAAAUGUCUAUUCGCCGCUGCAGCCCGAGGGCGAGCCCAAGAAACGAUACCCCGUCAUGAUCUGGUUCCAUGGUGGCGGAUGGAUCACAGGGGCCGGCCAUUCCGAGUUCUAUGGGCCCAAAUUCUUGCUGGACCACGAUGUCGUCCUCGUCACCAUAAAUUAUCGGCUUGGACCGUUAGGCUUCUUGAGCACGGAAGACAUGGCGUGUCCAGGAAAUUUAGGAUUGAAAGAUCAACAGCAAGCCAUGCGAUGGGUGCAAGAGAACAUUGAUCAUUUCGGCGGUGAUUCGAACAGAGUGACGCUCUUCGGUGAAAGUGCAGGCGGAGCAAGUGUUCACUAUCACAUGAUUAACCCUGUUUCUCAAGAUUUUUUCCAUCGUGCGAUUUCGCAGAGCGGAACCGUCUACUGCCCGUGGACUUUGGCGCCACCGGGAUCUGCCAAACGGAAGGCAGAACAAGUGGGUAGACUGUUAAAUUGCGACACCGAAAGCUCCGAACAACUCAUAGAAUGUCUGCGGAAAAAAAGCGCAACUGAUCUUAUCGGCACUGAUCGCUCUUUCCAGGUCUACGGUUAUUGUCCAAUGAUACCCUUCAAACCGGUAAUCGAACCUGAUCAUCCAGGUGCUUUCAUAGUGGAGAAUCCUAUAAUUUCCAUGCACAAAGGCAAUAUGGCUGAUAUACCAUGGAUGACGGGAGUUACUUCAGAAGAAGGAAGUUUGAAAGUUGCAGGUAUUUACGGGCGGGACCAGGGCAAGCAUGUGAGAACAUUGCACAAUGAGUUCAUGGAUGUUGCGCCUCUCAGCUUGAUGUACGAGGAGUGGUACAACAUUACGGACAAGAGUUUCCGAGAUGUGAUAACCAAAACUAUUCGCAAGUACUAUUUCGGACAUAACACCAUUGAUGAAUCCGACGAUUCUAGAUUUAAAGUUAUCAAGAUGUACAGUGAUGCAUGGUUUAAUCACGGUGCACACAUAGCGGUGCAAGACUUUAUCGUCAAUCAAAGUUCACCAAUUUAUUAUUACUAUUUUACGUACAACGGAAGCAUAUCCUUUAGCACGAUAUUCGGUGAUGACACAAAGAGCUAUGGAGUAGCGCAUGCGGACGAGCUGCAAUACCUGUUCCCUGUAGGCGAACAAUUGUUUAAAAGCACCCCAUUGUCCGAGGAGGAUCAUCACAUGAUUGACGUCAUGACCACCCUUUGGACUAAUUUCGCAAAAUUCGGAAAUCCAACGCCGAAGGUGACGGAUUUGAUUCCCGUGAAGUGGAUAUCAGUGAAAACGCCCUCCUCACCGGAAUAUCUGACCAUAGGAAACUCGCGAGAAAUUUCUAUGGCGAAGUCUCUCAACUGGUACAACAUGAUGUUUUGGAAUAACAUAGUAGAACAAAUCAAUCUCUAUACUAAAGUUUUUAAGGAUGAAUUAUAAUUUUCAUUGGGAAGCGCAAAAAGAUAUAAGCGACAAUAUGUUUUCUUAACGUUUCUCAACACAAUGACUUAUAAUUUUAAUUAUUAAAAUAAUCGAUCAAUUGCAUGUACAUUUUUAAUGUACAUAUAUAUAUAUAUAUAUAUAUAUAUAUAUAUGCACGCAACAUAACAUUAUACAACGCCGUAAAUAUGUACAUAAAAAUAAUUAAACGGUAAUAAUUCAA